UUCACGUUGCCAUGGAAACGGUAAACAAAUGUAGUUUUUAGCCGGUCAGGUUCCUCGGAGUUAAAGAUAGCUAUCAAAAGACAAAGUUUCCUCUACGACAGAAAAGCCAUACAGAAGACAAAUAUGUACACGCAGGUAGAGAACAAGAAGAAAGCCAGUUUGCAGCUAAACUCGUCUUCACCACGAAUGACCAACUCGGUGUCAGGGAUUCAUAAGGUCGGUUUAAGUUCAAGAAACAAAUGGAGCUUCACAGGUUCACCGACCCGAAAAGGUUCCAUCCUGGCCGGGCACAGAGGCAGCAAACUGAGCGUCCUGGAUGACAAGAGUGAAGUUCCCAAAGCUGUUCAGGUCUUGGAUGAUGAUGGUAAUGAUGUCACUCCUCUGCCCCUGAAUCAAGAAGAGUCAGGAGACAAAUUCAAACAAGGAAAAUUCUUCUGCGAGGAAAUCUUUUCCAGUUUAAGAUCUGAGCGCUUAAAGUCCACUUCAACCUUCAAUCUGCCCACUGCGAGUUCCUUUAUGGAUAGCAGCACUCCAUCCAGCAUGAGAGCAUCAAUGACUAAGGAGAGCGAGGACAGUGUUCUAGACGUACCAAUGCUACCUCCAGCUCCAUACGAGGUGCCAAGAAAAAGAUACAAUGUGGAACCGCAGCUGACAGAGGAGAUGUUGGAUGAGGUAGUAGAUAUUCUGCUCCAUGAGACAGAUACCAUUUCCCUGCUGGACAUACCCAACACCUCUGUGUCAGAGGACGCUGAGGAGGCGGAAGCUAUUGAAAAAGCAAACAUUCAGUAUGCAGAGCUAUGCAAGAACAGACUGGGCAACGAUAAGUUUGUGGUCCGAUCAACACAAACAUUCAAUGGAGCACUAAAAAACAAACAGAUCCAGAGUGACGAGAUUGUUACUUUAGAUGAAGGCACAAUGGCUACUGUUUGGGACAUCUAUGACUCGUUCUGUGACAAAGAGGACACCACUGAGGAUGAAGCGGCUGACUUCCCAGAAAGUGUGGUGAACACCAGCAAUGGUCAGGAGAGGAAAGAUGAAAAAAGCAGCAGCUGCAGCACGGUCGCUACAGGCAGUACGGUUAGCUCACUGGUUGAGAAGGAAUCAUGCAGGAGCACUUUAAGCACUGAGCCCAACACACAGCUGAUUAUGUCCGAGUCGUUCCAGUACAGUUUGUUAGUGAUGGAGAGGAGCAUCGUGACAAACCUCUUCCAACCAAAGCUGGCUGCUUAUAGAAAGCUGCCCAUACUGGAAGACCCUGACAGCACAGUGGAGCCUGGGGCUGAGGAGCAAAGCGAGGAGUGUGAGGAGAGCUCUUCAUCUCCAACUCUGGAACCACUUUGGUCUUUCAGUUGUGAGCUGACCAGAGGACGCAACGUCACAUGCAUGGCCUUGAACAAGGAGAACCCGGAUCUCCUGGCUGUGGGCUACGGUGACCUUAACUGCCUUUGCCAGAAACCAGGUUUAAUCUGCUGCUGGUCCCUUAAAAACCCUUCAUGGCCGGAGCGCGUCAUCCACUGUCAUAGCAGUGUGACGUCCCUGGAAUUCUCAGCCGAAAACACCGGCCAGCUUGCUGUGGGGAUGUUCGACGGCACCGUGAGCAUCUACAACGUCAAGAAUCUGAACAACAGUGCGUGUAUUGCCAGCACUAGCGACUCAUCCGAAAGGCACAUGCAUCCAGUGUGGCAUGUUAGGUGCAUCAUAGAAGAGAUGAGUCUGUCAAGGGAGGACAGUAUGGAAAUGAUCGUCUCUGUGUCAACUGAUGGCAGAGUCACCAAGUGGCUUCUCUUCAGCAAUGCUUUUCAAGGCAUAGACCUUAUGAAGAUACGGAGGACUCAAAACCAGAAGAAGACAGAGCAAUCUGUUUUGCCUGUAAUGAUUCCACUUCUGUGUAUCGACUUCCAUCCAACAGACUCAUCUAUUUAUCUGGUCGGUACGCACGAGGGAAAAAUCCACAAGUGCUCCAUCUCUAAGAGUCAGGAUUUUCUGGGCACUUAUAAAAAACACAUCUGCCCUGUGAACCACCUCGCGUGGUCUCCAUUCAGCCCUGAUGUGUUCCUGAGCUGCUCCUCAGACUGGAGCAUCCAGCUGUGGAGGCAGGACCUCUUCACGCCCGUGCUGAGCUUCACCUCCAACGAGGUGGCCGUGCUUACCGUUCGGUGGUCCCCCUGGUUGUCCACUGUAUUUGCAGCCAUUAAAGCUGGACAGCUGGAGAUCUGGGACCUGAACUCGAACAUCCUGAACCCAACUAUAGUACACCCCGCUCCACCUGGUGUGAGGUUCACAUCUCUACAGUUCACCAGAGGGACGGACUGUCUCUUGGUGGGGGACAGUGAUGGACAAGUGACCGUCUACCAGAUCAAGAACCUCAGCGUAGGAGAGGGCAAACAGGGAAACAGUUUGGACAGCAUUGUUCGCUCUGUUGUUUCUGGGCAGCUCAAUUCUUUAAAAACAGAAGUCUGUGAAUCUGUGGAAGAAUCACAACACUAAAGUUUAUUCUCUUGGAUGAGGAUGUAACUUUUCAGUCAAUAACACGUUAUGAAAUAGAAAAGGAAAAUUCUUUAAAUCAAUCAAAUUUUGGUUUAAAUAUUACAUUUAAUAUGCUUUU